CCAUCCCAACCCCUUUUGCUCCUCUCGCCGCUUUGGGUCGGGGUUUUAGCGAGCUCAGGGAGGCCGGCCGGAGGCGACGACCGCCGUCGGGGAAGAAGAAGAAGACGCCCCACCACUCGUAUAUGUCUUCUUGCCCCUUCGCCGAUCUGGUGGUAGUCGCGCUGCUCCUCGCCGCCGCCGCCGUCGUCGCCGUCGUCCUCCUCCACGCCCUCGCCUGCGCCCCCCGAUCUAUGCACCAGGGGCUCCACGGCUGGAACAAGUCCUCGUCGAUGCUCAGGGACGGGUUCGGGGUGAAGUAUUCCGGAUUCCUCCACAUAAGGCCGUGUAGUUUCUUGCGAGGAGACUGACGGAUUCCCGGUGAUUCCGUCCGUCCAAUUUUUGACACCCAAGAGAGAGAAAAAGUUGUCCCCUUUUCCUAGUAGAGUUUUUCCCCUUCAGUUUUGCUAGUCAGUCAGUGUUGGAAGAAGAAGACGAUCCAUGGCCCCGCUGAGCGAGCACCAGAUGCGCCUCACGCGCGCCCUGGCCAAGAGGCCCAAGACCAAGAUGCUCACCGGGUUCGGCGUCAAACCCACCGCUGCUUUCUCCAAGCCGGCGCAGCUGCAGGCGCAGGCGCUGCUGCCCGGUGCGCAGCCGCCGCGGCGGCGCGUGCGCGUCCUGUACGAGGACCCCGACGCCACCGACUCGGACACGGACGACGAGGAGGCUGUCGCCGCCCCUGCUUCGUCCAAGCGCUGCUUCGAGCUGUUCCUUGGCAAGGCCCCGCCGGCCAAGGUGUUUGCCAAGCCGGUCACUCCGACCGCCGCGGCUUCUGCCGUCGCUGCCUGCACCACCAGCAGCGCCGAGGGCCACCGUGGGGUGCGCCUCCGCAAGUGGGGCAAAUGGGCGGCCGAGAUCCGCAACCCGUUCUCCGGCAAGAGGGAGUGGCUUGGCACCUUCGACACUGCCGACCUGGCCUCCGCCGCCUACCAGGCCGCCUCCCGGAGCUUUAUCGAGGAGAAGCGUCGCCGCCGUGGCCAGUCUGUGGCUGCGGCCUCACCUGCUCGGUCGGCUGCGUCAACAACACCGACGUCGUCUUCUACUACACCAACGGCAUCUUCGUCGUCCUCCACCUCGGCUGCUCCAUUCGCACACCCGUCGCCGUCCUCUGUCCUGGAGGCCACCAAGCCAGCAGCCGAGUCCCUGUCGCCUGAGCCGACCCCAGUUCCCGUCAUGUUGUCCACCACGGCUGAGACUGCGCAGCUUCCUGACGACCCAGAGUUCUACCAGGACCUCCUGCGUGGUCUCCAGCUGCCGGACAUCGACCCGAUGGACUUCCGCGCCGGGCUUGAUGCCUUGGACGUCUCCGAGGCGUCGGCUUACUUGGACGGCGAACAGGAUCUGCUGCUCGGUGACCUGGCCGACGAGGACCUCGAGCUGGACAUGGACCUCGACAUCGGCGACGACUUCCUGGAGAUGCCUGGCUGCGACUUUGGCCGGGGCAUGGAUGAUUUCCUGCAAACCGUCGAUUUCUGCGUGUGAAUUAAGAGAGGUUUAAGGUUUAUCUUUAAGUAAUGCUGGUGUGAUGGGCCUCCUGUGAGUGUAAUCCGUGUGCAUUGGGAGGGAGGAUAUCCUCUUGGGUUUUUCCCCGGGCAGCUCAAUCAGCUCGUGCCCAAGAUGGUGUCUGUUUUCCCUAGUCUCCCAAGCACAUUAGCGUUAUGGUGGUGAGAGUGAGAGAGUAUUUUUGAUAGUAGGUUACAUUGUGAUAAGUUAUAGUAGCUGCUGGUUAUGUUAUGUUCCUCUUUUAUGUUACCUGUCAAUGUUGGUCCAGACAUUGUAGCUGGCUCAAGACAAGUCUUGUGGCUGUUGCUCCUAGUAGUAUGAAUGAAAAAGAAAAAUAAGUUCGCAUUA